GAACGACCCCGAAGAGGCAUUCCUGUGUUAAUUAAGUAUAUGGAACCAUAAUUUUCUAUUUUCACGUGUGUUAUGCACCAAUUUCUUUGCUGUACAAUAAAUGUUACACGGCACGUGAAAUGUUUCGGACCAACAAAUUUCUUAUUUCCUAUGCAAGUAGAGUACGAGCAGUUCAUCAACACUACGAAGUUCUUUCAAUCAAUCUGCAUUGAACCAUUUGUAACAGCUUCUGUGUUAUUAACUUUAAUAAGUAGCAGCAAUUCUUUCGAAUUUAACAGGGCCUAAUUUUCAUAAUAGAAGUAUAGUGAUUAGGGUGAUUAGAGAGACAUCGAGUUCUGAUUGGCUUAGGCGGUUCUUCAGGUUGCAGAGGUGCGGUUUGAUGUGAAGGAAUUGCAAUUGAAAUCUCUAUUUCUGUUUUUUAAGUGUUCUAACCUAUAAACGAAUAUGUGGUUUGAAGCAGACGAAAUUGUUGAAUUAUUCAGAGGAUAUAUUCCGUAUUACUUAUUAAUCGCAUUACCAAUAUUUAUUAUUAUUUCACCUGUAAACCCCGUUGGUGCUUCACACGAGUUUCCUGUGUACCGCAUGCAGCAGUAUGACUUGCAUGGUGUAUCUCACGGUUGCCGCAGCUCACCUGUGAACUUGGAGGCUCGUUCUGUUGGUGGAUGGGGUACAUCUCGUCAUUGUGUUGUUACAUGCCUGGAAGACAUCACAAGUGAUCAGUUUCGAGAAAUAUGUACCAAGGCAGGGGCUCUUCUCAUUAUGUUACCACGACAUAUAACAAACUUACAUGAGGAAAUGAAGAAGCGCAUGAUGGAUCUAGAAGAAACGAUGAUGUUACAGGAGGUAUCCAUUCCAGUUUACUUUGCUGAAUGGAGUCCCGAUCUCCAAUACAUAGUAGAUGACAUCUCACGCAGUUUCGUGUCAGAUGACCGAGCUGGCUCGGCAACAGAAGCUCUGAUGAAUUCUGUGUCUGCCAAUGGUUAUCAAAUAGUAAUCAGUACCAGUCAGGCUACAGCCCGGGCAGAUGUCAACAUUGCAACCAUUCAGGGUAAGCUAUCUGGUUAUGGAGUCGAGGAGAAGUUGCCAACCAUUGCGAUUGUAGCAUAUUAUGACAGUUUUGGAGUUGCACCGGAGCUGUCAUUUGGUGCAGACUCAAAUGGUUCUGGCAUAAGCUUGCUCUUAGAACUUGCACGACUUUUCUCACAUCUCUACUCAAGCCCAAAGUCACAUGCCCGUUACAAUAUCAUCUUCCUGCUAUCUGGUGCUGGAAAACUUAACUAUCAGGGCAGCAAGAAAUGGCUGGAGGACCAGCUUGAUGGCCUGGACAGCUCUUUGAUUCAGGACGCCUCCUACAUCCUUUGUCUGGACACAGUGGCCACCUCUAAAAAUCUGUAUGUCCAUGUUUCAAAGCCACCUCGUGAUGGAAGCCCAGGAGCCUUGUUUAUCAAGGAGCUGAAAGAUAUAGCCGAACAUUUGUACCCCAGUGUGACAGUAGAUACAGUUCAUAAGAAAAUCAACCUAGCCGAGGAAGUGUUGGCUUGGGAACAUGAGCGGUACAGCAUUCGUCGUCUUCCUGCUUUCACGUUGUCUUCCUUGAAGAGCCACAAGGACUCGAUACGAGCCUCCAUUCUUGAUGUUCGGGAGAACGUGGAUGUGACACAUCUUGCAGAAAAUACACGUGUUAUUGCCGAAGCUCUUGCAAGGCACAUCUUCAACUUAACGAGCGGAGAAGUAUUUUCAGGUACACUGGGUGUCGAAAUUGACUCCUUGAGGUCAUGGUUAGACUUCCUUGCAACUCAGCCAAGAUCUGCUGAGCUCCUUGCAGAAAAGAGCAACUCCUUAGUGAUUUCAUUGAAGGAUGCCAUGAGCAGAUACUUGAAGGAGGUGAAGAUUACAUACCAGACUCCCGACAAACGAGACCCAGAGUUUGUCUUCUAUGAUGUAACAAGUGCCAUUGUCAAUGUGUACAGUGUUAAGCCAGCCAUCUUUGAUCUCUUCCUGACCUUUGCCAUUGCUGUUUAUCUAGGGCUGGUUUAUCUUGUUAUUCAGAACUUCCCUACUAUUUACACAACAGUUUGUAAAAUCAUCUCAUCGAAGAAGGUCAGAAGCCAAUAAAAAUGAUUUGGAUUUUUUUAGGAAAACUUUUUAAACGUGGCAAUUUGAAUUGUUGUAGGAUAAUUUUUUUCUAUUUACUUGACAUGAACAGUUCAUGUAACAUAUUUGUACCAUACCUCAGUCAUUGCCAUAGGUUAAGAAUAUAAAUUAGUCAUUUUUUUAAUUAUGACUUAAUUUGGAGUGCCUUUUGCCUUAAAUUUUCAGGCAUUCUAGUCAUCUGCUCAGUGUAUAGAGUAAUAUAAUUAAGAUUGUGAUACAGAUGUGCAUCCUGUAUGUGUAUUUAUUAUGUCAUGCAAUAAAUUCCCUUAUGAACCUGUCUGUGGGGACUGUUACAA